AUUAGGUACUCUACCCUUUCCCUUUGUGAGAGAGCCCAAGUUACUUUCAAAUUCACUACUUCCCUUCUAUUUCUACAAGUAAAGUAAAUUCCCACCUCUGCAAAUUCAUUUGAAUCAUCACCGCCAUCACCAUCGUCACCGUCAAUAGAUACAUACACAAGCAUGUCGUGACGUCCCUGUACCCAUUAUAAUUAACACGCAACCAAAAUCUACCCUCUCUCUUUCUGCCCGCUUCGGCAAACUCAGCUAACAACUCUCCCUGUAUGCUUAUACGAUACUGCGACUGUAUACUUUCUCUCUUUACUUCUUUUUUUAUAUUGUUGAGUUUGGACUUCGGAGAAGGAAUGCUCGCGAGGGAGUAGUGGAAGAGACAGAGGAAUUAGAGGAGCCACUCGCAUUAGUGGUUUUUGGUGUAAUGCGGCGGCAAAGAUCUAGACGAUUGUCCGAUUUGAUUUGAAUGUCUGCAGAACUUCGGCGUUCAACAGAUUUGUUGCUGCUGUUAGGGUUGUUUCUGUUAUUACAUUUAUGCCAUGACUACCAAACGUGCUUAUAAGCUACAGGAAUUUGUGGCUCACUCUGCCAGUGUAAAUUGCCUCAAAAUUGGAAGGAAGUCCUCCAGGGUACUGGUCACUGGAGGAGAAGAUCACAAGGUCAAUCUCUGGGCAAUUGGCAAACCCAAUGCCAUUUUGAGUCUGUCGGGACAUACAAGUGGAAUUGAUUCUGUGUGCUUUGAUUCAUCUGAAGUAUUAGUAGCUGCUGGUGCUGCAAGUGGUACAGUCAAGCUUUGGGAUCUAGAGGAGGCAAAGAUUGUUCGCACACUAACUGGACAUAGAUCCAAUUGCAUAUCUGUUGAUUUCCACCCAUUUGGAGAGUUCUUUGCCUCUGGUUCGCUUGAUACAAAUCUUAAGAUAUGGGAUAUCAGAAAGAAGGGCUGCAUCCACACUUACAAGGGUCACACACGAGGGGUCAAUGCAAUCAGAUUCACCCCAGAUGGUCGCUGGAUUGUAUCUGGUGGGGAAGACAAUACUGUGAAGCUGUGGGACCUUACUGCUGGGAAGCUGCUACAUGAUUUCAAGUGUCAUGAGGGCCAGAUUGAAUGCAUAGAUUUUCAUCCCCAUGAAUUCCUUUUGGCAACAGGUUCUGCUGACCGGACUGUUAAGUUUUGGGACCUUGAAACUUUUGAGCUAAUUGGUUCAUCUUCCCCUGAGACCUCUGGAGUGCGCUGCUUAACCUUUAAUCCUGAUGGGAGGAAUCUUCUAUGUGGCUUGCAUGAACAUCUAAAGGUUUUCUCAUGGGAACCAGUUAGAUGCCACGAUGCUGUGGAUGUUGGAUGGUCUAAAUUGUCAGAUCUUAACGUUCAUGAGGGCAAGCUUCUUGGCUGCUCAUACAACCAAAGUUGUGUUGGCAUUUGGGUUGUAGACAUUUCGCGUAUAGAACCAUAUGCAGUUAAUGACAUGGAUCGAUUGGAUGGUCUUUCCGAAUCGAAGUCCAGUUCAAGUGGAAAUCUUUCAAUUUUAAAUGAGAACACUACAAAGGGUAGUUUGGGAAGGUUGUCUACUUCAGAAAAUUCAGACUCUUUGGUGAAGGAAACGAAAUCUCUUGGAAGGUUGUCAGUUUCUCAGAAUUCAGAUCCUGUUAAGGAGUCAAAAAUUUCUCCAUCCACAGGAAGCAUACCUGGUACACCUCAAAGGAUCAAUCCAAACACUGCUUCAAAGACAAAUCUGGCUAGUUCAACGGCUGUCUCCAAUGCUACAGCCCCAAAGAAGAAUUCCACGAAAGCCCACUCAGCAGUUAAUGUUCCAAUUUUCAACAAGUCAGAUGUUGUACCUGUGAUCGUACCUAGAACUAAUGCGAAAUUUGAGCAGCCAGCUGAAUCUAGAAAAGUAAUUGGGCUUCCUGGUAGAACUAUGCCCUUUUCUUUGCAGUCAAAGACAACUGGUUUUCGAAAGUUUGCAAAUAGCAGAGAUGAGAUGGACCAGCCAACAAUAUCUGCUGCAUCUGAAACCCCAGAUCCUAAGGUAUCUGAUUCAAACAGUGCUGCAGACAAGAAUACCUUUUCUACAGUUAAAACCUUGAUUCAUGGAGUAACAGAGGCAUCAAGGAACAUUAAAGAUGAUAAGUAUAUUAGUUCCGGCAAGCACGAAACAAGUUCAGAGCCGGAUCAGGAUGAAAGUUAUGAUACAAACACUCAUAGAGGGAACAGAAAUGUGGAAAGCCAAAAAGGAAGAACACGGUCAGUUGUCAUAAACUUGCAGAGAAGGCGAAGAUCACCCAACUAUGAGGGACCCACAUCUGGUGUCUCACCAGAGACAGUUUCUGAAGUUAACAUGCUCCCUUCAAACAUGAGAAGACACUCUCCAUUUACCGAAAAAGAGGCAGCAUCUGCUAGUGAUGAGGAUGCUAUUGCAGAUGUAAUGGAAGAACAUGAGCAAUUUGUCAGCUCCAUGCAGUCCCGAUUAAUCAAGUUACAGGUAGUCUAUAGAUAUUGGGAAAGAAAUGAUAUUAAGGGGGCCAUUGCUGCAAUGGAGAAGAUGUCUGAUUAUUCUGUCCUUGCUGAUGUAAUAAGCAUUUUAACUGAGAAAAUUGAUGUCGUCACAUUGGAUAUUUGCGCCUGUCUUCUGCCACUUCUUACUACCCUUCUUGAAAGUAAUGUGGAUAGGCAUUUGAGCAUCUCUUUGGGCAUAUUGCUUAAGCUAGUAAGGAUUUUUGGUUCGAGGAUCUACUCAACAAUAUCAGCAUCCACAUCUGUUGGUGUGGACAUUGAGGCAGAGCAAAGGUUUGAGCGGUGCAAUCUAUGUUUCUUAGAGCUUGAAAAGGUCAAACGCUGUCUACCCACUUUUACCAGAAGAGGCGGGUCAAUUGCGAAGUCUGCCCAGGAAUUGAAUCUAGUUCUUCAAGAAGUGUCCUGAAGAAAAGUAACAAUUAUCUUAUUAAUUUGUUUGGUGUUUUGAGUGAGGAGCAAGUUUGCGCAUUUUAGUAUAUUGCGCUGCCCUUUCAUGCGACAUCCUGGGGUUUCAGCAUUCUGGCUCUCCUUGUAUAUUCACACAAAGUGGAGGCAUUAACGACUACUAGCAUAACUGGAACACUGCAGAAGUUUGGUUCUUCUUGCUGGUGGUUGCUGCAAUGGCUUUGACAUCGUCCUUCUUUGCUCGAACUCAGCUGAGAGGAUCUCUACUCAUUCCAUAUUAAUCGCUAACAGAAGUUGUAGUAUAUAACUUAACCUGUAUCAAACUAAUUAUUUUUUAAUGCAUACACAAUUUGUUAAAUGAUGGAGCCACCUACAAUGGACGAUUGUUCUGUUGAAAGUCUUGAAAUAGGAGCUAGUUUGUUGUGAUUGUUAGAUGCUGCCUGGAAUUGAUACAUUAUCAACUUCUGAGGCAUGAAUACAUUAUUAUUGUUAGGUUAGAAAAUGCUUAACAAGUUGAAAGGGAGGUUCUAUGAUUGAUUUA